AUGGGAGAGUGUCCAUGUCCAGAAAUGCCAAGUAACGACGGAACUGUUGCGUUGAACAAUUACCUUCAGUCCCAGAACGAACUCCAACUGCUCGUCUGUCAGGAGGUCUCUUCUGGGCCGUCCCACUCUCCGGAAUGGACCGUGACGUACAAGAUGCAUGAUCAAGUGCUCGGAGUUGGCACUGGUGCGACGAAAGCGCUGGCCAAAGAUGCUGCAGCCAAGGCUGCACUGCAGACCCUUCGUCCCUCCGGGGCCUGA